ACUGCAACAGCGCCUUCUCCAGCACCACCAGCAGCUCCUCUGACAGUGAUUAUUUUUUGGCCAAACUGCAUGUUUCCUGGUUUAGUGUCUUGGGCUCCGCGACCAGCUAACUGGUUUCCCCGGGUCUGGCUCAGGAUCAGUAGGUGACGCUGAGGCUGGGGUCUGUCCCUUCCUGCAGAUUGAUGAAAGCCGGACUCUCAGGAAGGCUACCGGAUCCAAAGGAAGGGUAGAAGUCACACUUUUCCCCCUGCUUGGUGGAUCCCAGCAGGAUCUAGAUCCAGCAGUGCUGUUUGCCACGUGAAUGCCGAGCAACCCAGGCUUGAGCCUGCUGCUGGCUUCAGGAAGGGUCCAGAUUUUGAGAAGCGUUUCCAGAAGAAGAUGCUUUGGCUGCCUGCGGUCCUGCUUGCCCUGCUUGCGUUCCUAGAAGCCAGACUCAGGGAGAAAGUGAACUGGGGCAAUUGACAAGCGCGCAGGGUCUGGCGGAAGCUACUGAGACCAGGAAUUGCAUCUUCCUCGGAGGUAGGAAGAUCUGUCUGCACUGCAAGUGCCCUCAGGAAGAGCACAUGGUGACAGUGAUGCCCCUGGACAUGGAGAAGACCGUCAGCAAACUCAUGUUUGACUUCCAGAGGAACUCCACCUCGGACGAUGACUCGGGCUGCGCCCUAGAGGAGUACGCCUGGGUCCCACCAGGGCUGAAGCCCGAACAGGUUCACCAGUACUACAGCUGUCUCCCAGAAGAGAAAGUUCCUUAUGUCAACAGUCCGGGAGAAAAACUGAGGAUCAAGCAGCUAUUACACCAGCUGCCGCCACAUGACAAUGAGGUCCGAUACUGCAAUUCCCUGGAUGAGGAAGAAAAGAGGGAGCUGAAGCUCUUCAGCAACCAGAGGAAACGUGAAAACUUGGGCCGAGGGAAUGUGAGGCCCUUCCCAGUCACAAUGACCGGAGCUAUUUGUGAACAGUGUGGAGGACAGAUUAAUGGUGGGGACAUCGCUGUGUUUGCAUCGCGUGCCGGCCACGGUGUGUGCUGGCACCCACCUUGCUUCAUAUGCACUGUCUGCAACGAGCUCCUGGUGGAUUUGAUCUACUUUUACCAAGAUGGGAAGAUAUACUGUGGCAGGCAUCACGCCGAGUGCCUGAAGCCACGCUGUGCAGCCUGUGAUGAGAUCAUCUUCGCGGACGAAUGCACUGAAGCGGAGGGGCGGCACUGGCACAUGAAACACUUUUGCUGCUUUGAGUGUGAGACAGUGCUGGGCGGCCAGCGCUACAUCAUGAAGGAGGGAAGGCCCUACUGUUGCCACUGCUUCGAGUCCUUGUACGCAGAAUAUUGUGACACCUGUGCCCAACACAUAGGGAUCGACCAAGGCCAAAUGACCUAUGACGGCCAACACUGGCACGCCACUGAGACCUGUUUCUGCUGUGCUCACUGCAAGAAAUCGCUCCUUGGACGGCCAUUCCUCCCCAAACAGGGCCAGAUAUUCUGCUCACGGGCCUGCAGUGCUGGGGAGGACCCCAAUGGCUCAGACUCGUCUGAUUCAGCCUUCCAGAAUGCCAGGGCCAAGGAAUCCCGGCGUAGCGCCAAAAUUGGCAAAAACAAGGGCAAGACAGAGGAGCCCAUGCUGACCCAGCACAGCCAGUUGCAGGUGAGUUCCAACCGACUGUCAGCCGACGUGGACCCCCUGUCAAUGCAGAUGGACCUGCUCAGCCUGUCCAGCCAGACACCCAGCCUCAACCGGGACCCCAUUUGGAGGAGCCGGGACGAGCCCUACCAUUACGGGAACAAGAUGGAGCAGAAUCAGUCCCAGAGUCCUUUGCAGCUCCUCAGCCAGUGCAACAUCAGAACUUCCUACAGUCCAGGAGGGCAAGGGGCUGGGGCCCAGCCUGACAUGUGGGCCAAGCACUUCAGCAACCCCAAAAGGAGCUCGUCACUGGCCAUGAAAGGACACGGCGGCAGCUUCAUCAAGGAAUGUCGAGAGGACUACUACCCGGGAAGGCUGAGAUCCCAGGAGAGCUACAGCGACAUGUCCAGUCAGAGCUUUAGUGAAACCCGAGGCAGCAUCCAAGUCCCCAAGUAUGAGGAAGAGGAGGAGGAAGAAGGGGGCAUGUCCACUCAGCAGUGUCGAACCCGUCAUCCAAUCAGCUCCCUGAAGUACACUGAGGACAUGACACCCACGGAGCAGACCCCUCGGGGCUCCAUGGAAUCGCUGGCCCUGUCUAAUGCAACAGGCCUCUCAGCCGACGGUGGCGCCAAGCGCCAGGAGCACCUCUCCCGGUUUUCCAUGCCUGACCUCAGCAAAGACUCUGGAAUGAAUGUCUCCGAGAAGCUGAGUAACAUGGGCACACUUAACUCGUCCAUGCAGUUCCGCAGCGCAGAGUCAGUUCGCAGCCUGCUCUCGGCCCAGCAGUACCAGGAGAUGGAGGGCAACCUGCACCAGCUCGGCAACCCCAUUGGCUACAGAGACCUGCAGUCCCGCGGAAGGAUGCAUCAGAGCUUUGAUUUUGACGGGGGGAUGGCAGGCAGCAAGCUGCCAGGGCAGGAGGGCGUGAGGAUCCAGCCCAUGAGCGAGCGCACCCGGAGAAGAAGUACUUCCCGCGAGGACGCCCGCCGCUUCCGACCUCACCGGUCCCGGCGGUCCCGACGCUCUCGCUCGGACAACGCCCUCCAUCUGGCCAGCGAGCGCGAGGCCAUCUCUCGGUUGAAAGAAAGACCCCCACUACGGGCCAGGGAGGACUAUGACCAAUUCAUGCGCCAGCGGAGCUUCCAGGAGAGCCUGGGGCAGGGGUCCCGGAGGGACCUGUACGGCCAGUGCCCGAGGACUGUGUCGGAUCUGGCUUUGCAGAAUGCCUUUGGGGAGCGAUGGGGACCCUACUUUACCGAGUAUGAUUGGUGUUCCACCUGCUCCUCCUCCUCAGAAUCUGACAACGAGGGCUAUUUCCUAGGAGAACCGAUACCCCAGCCAGCCCGCCUGCGAUACGUCACAAGCGACGAGCUUCUGCACAAGUACAGCUCUUACGGCCUCCCGAAGUCGUCCACGUUAGGUGGCAGGGGACAGUUGCACAGCAGGAAAAGACAAAAGAGCAAAAACUGUAUCAUUUCUUAAUCUGAUGGGGGUUAGGGAAUGGGGAAAGAUGGGAGCUAAGAAUGUAAAUUCAGAAACUUGCACUGUUUUAAAUUUUAAAGCGCUUUUUGGGGUGGUUACUGGGGGAGAAAAAGGGAAGUGGUCUCAGUUGAUGAAGGCAAGGUUACAGAUUGACUCAAUAGGUAGUCACAGUUCUUGGCAUGUUGAAUAUUAUUUGCACAUUUCACUUUGGAAACGCUGUAGACUCGGAGGCCAGGGUUGGGCGCCCCUCCCGUCCGUGUGUUGAGUUGCCGCUCUCAAGAUGGCAAAGUGUUUCCCGCUCGCUUACGUCCUCUCUGGUUCUCUUACUGUUAGGGCCCUUUUUCCAGUAAGUAAUUUGUUUAUUAGCCAGGACCCAAGACUAAGUUAUUUACAUGUCCAUUGUAAAUGCAAUGUAAAUGAGAGUUCUGAUAAAAUAUUUUUGUAUUUUGUAAUAUGAAAGGAAUUUCUAUAUCGUAGGACUCAGUGAAGACUUGCACGCACAUCCAGCAUCGUCUUUGAGUAGUAUUCAGAGGUGGUCCAGGAUCACCUGGCUUUUUUUCUUUUUUCUAUACAAAUUUGUUACAUGUCAGUGAGACCUUUUUCAAAGGAGUUUAUUCAAUUAGGCUUUUUGUGGCUAAAAAAAAAAAAUACGAAAACAAACAAAAACAAUUAACUGUUAUACCCAAAGCGUUUUGUGCUCUAUUCUUUCUUACGGAGCCAUCCUUACAUCCAUUCCCACCCUCAAUAGAAUCUAUUCUCUAUAAAGUGAUAGUAAUUUUUUAAAACAACAAACAUAGCUUUUUCCGAUUAGCAAAACCAAUCAGUGUCAGUAAAGUUCUGUGAGAAACACCAUCCCUGCUGGGAACCCCAAAGUUGCUUACUAUUGAUCUCUCCCUUGGGGAAAAUACAAGUGACUGUGAGUGGUGCUGUUGUGUGAUGUCGGCAUGACGUUGUUUUGAAUGUGGCAUUCUUUCUGGUGCUCAUGUUUCCUGGAUUGUAUUAUCUGCUUUCCUUUACCAAGGCAGACAGAACAGCUGCCUUAGCCUGACAACCGCUUGUCCUCAGUGCAAAUGAACUUAGGCGCAGGAAGGAUCUGGUGGGGCUCUGGGAGUGUGCUAGAUUAUAUGUUAUGCAUGGAGGAGAGAAUAUGAAGGAAGGUCAGGGUGAAGAAGAACUUCUGGAAAUGAGCUGGAGGAGAGGUGACAGCCACCUUGAAUAGCCCCAGUCUAGUGCUUGUGGAAAGAAUUGGGUUUAACACACUCCACAACCAGAGUAUCUCAGUGACCCAGAAAGGUUGAGCUGCUCAGGAGAUUUCAGUAUAAGGGUCUUAAAAAACAAAUGUUGUUGAAAGGAGGAUUUCCAUCUUGAACUUUGGGAGACGUGGUCAGACAGAAAAUGGGCUCGCUCAAAGUGAGUUUGCUUCAAGAAGACAUUUAACGGUUGUAUUGUUUAUAGUAAAAUAAAACUUCCUACCUUGCUUCAGUUAAAAAUGAAGCGCUUGCUUUUUCUUCCAUUCUCCUCCUCCCCUUAAUGGAUCAUGGCAGUUGAAAUAAUCCAUCGCAGGACCCACCUUUAGUGAGAUAUCCUGUCGGUGUAGUACACAGUGUAUCUCAGUGGCCUCUGCCAUGGUGAGGUGAGCGUGGUCUCUUUUCAGUAUAGUAGUUAAUAUUUUCUAGUAUUUUUUUAUGGAGAGAAUGUGAAAAGUGGCUUUUCAGACACCAUGCCAAAUGGGUCUGGGGAAAGGAUGGCUGUAAAGGAUGUGGAAAUGGCACUCCAUUCAGGAUGUAUUAAAAUAAUUUGCUUUUCAGGUAUUAAUAUGACAUUUGUCAUUGUCACUGAUUUUUUAAAAAGCAAUGCAAAUGUUGGUUGUGGCUGUUUUCCGCAUGCUAUCUUCAUAUCUAAGUGCUUCAUUAAUUAUCCAAGCCUCCAGAGAAUUAACUCUAUUACGUUUGUAUAGUAAGUCUGUAAACUGCUUGGCAAACUGAUUUUAAGAAAUAAUGUGCAACACCACACUACUAAAGUGGCAGGUUUCUGGUAGAAAUUGGGCUAGUCCAAUUUGGAGUUCUGAGUUCCUUGAUUGAGAAUAAAAAGGCAUUUUGGAAAAAGAAAAGCGUAGAUCACUUAACCUAGCAAAAAGCUGAAAAUAAUGUAGGUCCUCUGUGGCCUGGAAUCCAAUGAAAGUAAUUCUCUUAGUAAACGCUGCUUUCCGACUCUGUCCUUUUCAGAGUACCUCUCGCAUUUCCCAGAUGAGGCUUUAACCACCAUCAGCAGAAAGAAGGUGGCCUAGAAACUGACCCAUAGUAACUAGUACCCCGAGGGAUUGGAGGACUGAGCAGUUUCAGAUCUGGUCGCCCAGGGAGCAUCCAGCAGCCAAGCUGGUCAGAGCUUGAGAUUUAAUGAGGUACCAGCCUCAGGGUCCAACCGUCUACCCUUCCAUCUGUUCCACCACUGCAGAUGUCCUCUCCCCACGCCACACGCAGCCAGCUGCCUUACAGAAUGCCCCUGGAGGACGGCUGAGUCCUCACAAUGAGGAUGGGAGUUCCACUUGUUGGUGAUCACUUACACGUAACAUCCCAGAAUCCCAUUCCCCCAAAUUCAGUGCAUUCUUUUCUGAGGCAAGAACUUACCCUGAUUUCUCCACCAUAACCAUGAGCUCUUCUUGGCCACGUUUCGCCUGUGAGUGGGGCCCACACUCACCCCUUCUUAGAUCAUCACUUCAUAUUCAGUAGACUGUGUUUGUAGAAGUCAUCUUUUCCCAGUUUCCUCUCUGCUCUACUGCCUUGGGGAUUUUUUCGUUUUUCUACCUCCCCUCAUAUUGGUCUUCUUGUCUUUUGGUUAACACCACAGCUUUAGAGUUCAGUUCCUGUCCUACUGCUCCUCAAUUCAGUGGCAAAGACCUGGCUCUUUCCCAAGAAGGAGAGGUCAUUGACAGUUUCCUGACCGGCCCUGCCAAUGCAUACCACUCUUGAUACUGUGAACAGGUUUCUUAGCAGGCUGAUAGCACUGAGCAUGACAUUCAGGUACCCUUCCUUCUGUCAUAUAGUUCUGGGAUCUCUACCAAGUGUGAAGGUGAAUCAGGUGAGGGAAACCAGAACUGGGCUUCUUGGUUUUGCAUGUGUUCAAAGGGGGAGAAUCCCUAGUGUUGGUGGUUGGACACCUUUCCACAUUCACCUUCUGUUCUCUAGUCCUUCCUUUCUACCCCCGGCCAGCUCAGUGACCAAACAAUUUUGUAUUUCUAAUAUGGGACCUGGAGGCAGCUCUUUCUCAUCCUCUUUUUCCCAUUCUGUAGGAUGCUCCUGCACUGCAACAAGAUUAUAUUUCCUUCUCCUCCUGCAACAGCUUUCUGCUUCUUGGGUACCACUAGCCAGUUUAGGUGGGGACCAGUGAUGACAUAUAUGUAGCACAUGUUCUGCCAUCCUGCAACCCGGGCAGAUAUAACCGAUGUGUCACUGUAAACUUUCCAGAGAACGUGGAUACAGCCUCAGAAAUCUUGCAACGCUCCAACCAGCCCGAGCCAGUUGAUCAGAACUGAUCUUAUCUGUCUGAUAACAAAUCGUAUUUGUAAACUGAUUUUUAUUUGUCUUCCCACUCUGGGCUCUUUAGCCAUUGGCCAAAAAUAGUACACCAGCCAUUUAGAAAGCAUCAUUCAUAAAUAAUUGAGACUCCAAUUCCUAUCUCCCCAGAUCGUGGAUGUUAACAGGAUCUGACUUCUUUAAGCUAAAUGAAGACAAAUCUCUUUGACCUCCUUUUCCCUUCGUGUGUUCUUGGCAGCCUCUGUUCAUCCUUUUGCAGAGGUCAGAUAAGAGUCCAUCUUAGUAUUCAUUUAAUCCCACCUUUUAACAAGAAAUAAUACAAAUAUUUAAAUUCCAAAGAGAAGUGCUCUUUGUGUAUUUCUGUCUAACGGAAACCAGAUGUUAACACCUAAGAAGGAGAGUCUGUCUAUGACAAAGGGAAGCUGAAGGUGGAGCCAGCUAUCUGAAUAUUUCAUGCCAGAAGAGUUGCUAUUAGCAAGCAACUGUUUAGCACCUUUGUGGCUUUGAAAUGGGCUCUGCAGACAGCAUUCCAGGUACAGGACUCACAAGCCUCCUCUGCUGAUUUGAAGACAGUUUCAGAUUGCUACCUUUUGAGGUAUAUUUCUUUAAGCACAAGAGAAGUAGAAAUGAGGAGAGUUGUGCUUUGCCUCCAGUGGUUGGUUCCUCGGGGACCUCAGCAGACACCAAAGCGUGUAUGUCUGACCACUUGGAAGCAGCCACCAAGGUUAGGAUCAAGGAAGAAUUUUAUUCUUUUUCCAUUUUCUCCUAAUAGUAGCCCGGUCAACACAAGACUCAUAAAACAUGACUCACUGUUGGGAGCUAAACUAUUUUAUAAGCUUACUUCCUGCUGACAAAACUAGCUUCCCUCAAGGGGAAUAAAAAGAAGGCAGGGAAAGUCAUGUAAUGUUAGGACUUCUGUGAUUUAGAGAUGACAAAUCCGUAGGAUAGAAAAAAAUUAUCUUGUUCUAUCCUGAGAGUUUUCUGAGACAUCCCUUCACCCUACUGGGCUUUUGGCCGUUGAUGUUCAAUAGGUCACUGGCCAAGCUUUUCUAAAUUUUUCAGAGCUAAUUAUUCACCAACAAGGUCUGUUCUCAAGCCUUUCUGGUUGAUUUCUGUGUUUUCCCAGAAAGCAUUUUGGUUCUAUCAUGGACCCUGACUUAACACUCUAAGGCCAAUGAGUCCUCCGUUUUCCUUAGCAAAUUAGAACUUUGGCAGUUUUCCUUCUCCUAAACACAUUCUUUCCUGUACAGGAUUGCUUUGCCCAUCUCCUGAUUUAAUUCUAAGUAAUUAAACAAAACCUCAGAGGUCCUGAGAAGGUGAGGCAGGCCAGAGUCUGUGCUGUGUGUCGAACGUCGAGCUGUUUGUUAAGAAGGUCUGCAACAGGCCUUUGGUGUAGGCUCUGCCAGAGACUGUUGUGAACACUUUGCUUGAGAUCUGUGCCCUGUAAAAUGGAUAUGAUGUUUUACUGAUGUCUGUAAUACAUUUGUAAACUUCCAAUAAAAUUUGAAUAAA